AUGUUUCAAGGAAUAUUCGAAGAAAGUGGUUUUGAAGUAUACAAACAUCAUGAAUUAGUAAUGAAAGAAAUCACAAAAAUGGAACAACAAAAAAAAGCAAAAAAUUUGAAGCUUACCAUAUAUGAGCUACAUGAAAGAGUACAAGACAAAUAUUGGCAUACAGUGGCGAAUGGCAAUAAUAAGAAAAUG